AUGAGGAGGUUACACUGCAGUGCUAAAGAACAACAAAGCUCCAGGGCUAGACAUGGUGUGGGAGGAGACUUCAGAAAUUGCCAGCGACAGAUCUUUGUUGCGACAGUUUGCCGCCCAGUGCACCGAACGGCGCAGGAGGACCUAAGUCUAACAAUCGGAUUCAUCGAUGAGCCAAGAAAACGUAUCGUCAAUGGUCAGGAUGCCCAACUUUUUGAUAUCCCAUCUCUAGUAGCACUUUAUAGAAGGAACGGUGGUAGUUGGGAACUAUUUUGUGGAGCUGUUUUGAUCGCAUCGAAUAAGGUUCUUACUGCCGCCCACUGUGCGAAUCGAAUUGCCACCAGCGAUCUCCGUGCAGUAUUUGGGUUCUUAAACUAUUUUGGACCACCAACUGGUUACGAACAAGUUGUCUCGAUCUCAAAAAUAAAUGUCCACGAGGAUGACUGGGAUAUAGACGGAAUAAGAAUCUACGAUAUUGCUGUACUGACACUAGCCACUCCAGUCAGACCCAGCAAAAACGUGAAGGUUGCCAAACUGGCAGAUAAAAUCGAUGGUUAUGUCAAUACGUACUGUAUCAUGAGUGGCUGGGGCUACACUAACCAGACUUUAAUGGUAGAGCCAAACAGGCUCCAGAAAGCGAUAACAAUGAUUAUCCCCAGUACAAAGUGCAAAGAUAUUUGGUCAGGACUUGCUGACGCACUAGAUGAAUUUUUUGUUUGCGUCUAUAACGAGAAAGGUAAGUCAGGUCGACCUACCAGUACUUGUGGAGGAGACAGUGGCGGCCCUUUGUUGUGUGGGCCUAAUAAAGACAUACUGGUCGGAACUGCGGUUGGUAAUGAGAUUGAAUGCAAAGGUCAAUAUCCUCAAAUUUUCACAAAUGUUGCAGCGUAUAAAGACUGGUUGGCAGACAAAUUGUAAACCUUUUUUCUUUUUGAGA